UUAAUAAAUCGAGUACUCCUAAUAGGUCACCACUAUAAUCUUAUAAACGUUUAUUCUCUAUUUCUCAAAACCUCAGCCAAACAUUCCCUCUCUACUUUCUUCUCUCUCCAUCCGGCGGAGCGAGUCUUCUUGUUACAUAAAAUAAAGAAAAUCGAUCAAAAAAACCUGGGGACGAUGGCGUCGGUGUGCAUAUCGAGCUGCGUGGACGACGCCCGCGUCCCGGUGAGAGCGACCUACGUGAACCUCUACAAAUGGCCGGAAUCCGACUUCGAGUUCGUUAGGUCGAUGAGCUCCAAAUCCCACAACUCCAGCCACGGCCGCCCCAGAGUGGUGGACAGCAUCUCGUGCAGGCAAAUGUAUUUGAGAAGCUACACGUUUUCGAGGGAGGAAGACUACAAAGAGGAGAAGGCAAAGGUCAAGUGCCUCGGCAGAGGCAAAGACAGCGCAAAGAAAAACAACUCCGGCCACCGAGAUGAUGACCGGAAGAAGAAGCCGGUGGAAGGGCUGAAGAAGGCCAAGUCGGCGUCCUGCUCCGCCUUGACCUAUAUUUUCCGGCGGCUGCUCUCUUGCACCACAGAGAUUGAUGUUGCUAAUUAAGUACUACUAAUGCAUUGUGUAAUCUUUUUCUUUUUCUUCUAAAUUUCUUGCUUUCUUGUUUUUUUUAGUUUUGUUUUUAAUGUGAGUAUAUAUUAAAUAUAUGCUUAUUUUUCAUAGAA